AUGUACUCAGAGUGGAGAUCCUUGCAUCUUGUCAUUCAAAAUGAUCAGGGUAACACCAGUGUGCUGCACAGCUAUCCUGAAAACGUGGGGAGAGAAGUGGCAAACGCAGUGGUGCGUCCUCUUGGACAGGCUUUAAUUACAUCAUCUGUUGGAAGUGAAAGUUUACUGAAAACAGACAAAGAAGUAAAAUGGACUAUGGAGGUGGUUUGUUACGGACUGACCCUCCCUCUGGAUGGCGAUACUGUGAAGUACUGUGUCGACGUGUAUACAGAUUGGAUUAUGGCUCUUGUAUUACCUAAGGACUCCAUUCCUUUACCAGUUAUUAAGGAACCAAACCUUUAUGUUCAAAGCAUUCUCAAACACCUUCAAAAUCUCUUCGUACCGAGGCCAGACCCCGGAUCUAGUCAGAUUAGAUUGUGCUUGCAGGUUUUGAAAGCUGUCCAGAAACUGGCUCGUGAGUCCACAAUUAUGGCAAGAGAAACCUGGGAGGUUUUGUUGUUAUUUCUUCUUCAGAUCAAUGACACUCUUCUAGCAGCUCCAACUGUGCAAGGUGGCAUUGCUGAAAAUCUGGCCGAAAAAUUAAUCGGCGUGCUGUUUGAGGUGUGGUUACUCGCUUGCACGCGGUGCUUUCCAACACCACCCUACUGGAAAACUGCCAAAGAGAUGGUGGCCAACUGGCGACAUCACCCCGCAGUAGUUGAGCAGUGGAGCAAAGUCAUCUGCGCCCUUACCUCCAGAUUGCUGCGUUUUACAUAUGGACCUUCAUUUCCUCCAUUUAAAAUUCCUGACGAAGAUGCUGGUCUGAUUCCUCCUGAAAUGGAUAACGAGUGUGUUGCACAAACUUGGUUUCGCUUUUUACAUAUGCUGAGUAAUCCUGUGGAUUUGAGUAACCCAGCCAUUAUUAGCUCUACCCCCAAAUUUCAGGAGCAGUUUCUGAAUGUGAGUGGGAUGACUCAAGAACUGAAUCAGUACCCCUGCCUUAAACACCUGCCUCAGAUAUUCUUUCGUGCCAUGCGUGGGAUCAGCUGUUUAGUGGAUGCGUUCCUAGGCAUUUCACGCCCUCGGUCAGACAGCGCGCCCCCCACGCCCGUAAAUCGGCUGAGCAUGCCGCAGAGCACUGCCAUCAACACCACUCCCCCCCACAACCGAAGGCAUCGGGCAGUGACUGUGAACAAAGCAACGAUGAAGACCAGCACUGUAACUACUGCACAUACUUCAAAAGUGCAGCACCAGCCCUCCUCUACUUCUCCACUCUCUAGCCCAAACCAGACAAGUUCUGAGCCACGACCACUACCGGCUCCUCGCAGGCCAAAGGUUAACAGCAUCCUGAACCUCUUUGGAUCGUGGUUAUUUGAUGCGGCGUUUGUUCACUGCAAACUUCACAAUGGAAUAAACAGAGACAGCAGCAUGACUGCAUCUUUUAUCCAAAUUCUUCUUUCUUAUAAAUCUUCUAUAGCGACGCAAGCGAGCGUGGAGUUUCGCCGGAAAGGAUCGCAAAUGUCCACGGACACGAUGGCUUCCAACCCCAUGUUUGACGCCAGCGAAUUCCCAGACAACUACGAAGCGGGAAGGGCGGAGGCGUGCGGGACGCUGUGUAGGAUAUUUUGUAGCAAGAAGACCGGGGAGGAAAUAUUGCCAGCUUACCUAUCCCGAUUUUACAUGCUUUUAAUUCAGGGUUUGCAGAUAGCGGAUUUCGUUUGCCACCCUGUUCUGGCCAGUGUUAUUCUGAACUCCCCUCCUUUGUUCUGCUGUGACCUGAAAGGGAUCGAUGUGGUGGUUCCUUAUUUCAUUUCGGCUCUCGAAACUAUUUUACCUGACAGAGAACUCUCAAAGUUUAAAAUCUAUGUAAACCCCACAGAGCUAAGAAGAGCUUCAAUUAACAUCUUGCUGUCUCUGUUGCCUCUCCCUCAUCAUUUCGGAACCGUGAAGUCUGAGGUUGUCCUGGAAGGGAAAUUCAGCAAUGAUGACAGCUCAACGUAUGAUAAACCAGUAACCUUCCUCUCCUUGAAGCUGAGGCUUGUGAAUAUACUUAUAGGAGCUUUGCAAACGGAAACAGAUCCCAACAACACUCAAAUGAUACUAGGUGCAAUGUUGAACAUUGUCCAAGACUCAGCGCUGUUGGAAGCCAUUGGCUGUCAGAUGGAAACAAACGGCGGCGAAAAUAACCUCUGCAAAAGCCACAGUCGUACUAACAGUGGCAUUAGCACUGCAAGUGGGGGCAGUACGGAGCCCACGACGCCAGAUAGCGAGAGACCAGCACAAGCCCUUCUGAGGGAUUAUGCUCUUCAUACAGAUACCGCUGCGGGACUCCUGAUCCGCAGCAUUCACCUGGUCACCCAAAGGCUCAACUCCCAGUGGAGGCAGGACAUGAGCAUCUCCCUGGCUGCGCUGGAGCUUCUCUCCGGACUGGCAAAGGUGAAAGUGGUGGUCGAUUCCUCCGACCGAAAGAGAGCCAUCAGCUCGGUGUGCAGCUACAUCGUGUACCAGUGCAGCCGCCCGGCCCCGCUCCACUCCCGCGACCUCCACUCCAUGAUCGUUGCGGCUUUCCAGUGCCUCUGCGUCUGGCUCACGGAGCACCCCGACAUGCUGGAUGAGAAGGAUUGCUUGAAGGAGGUACUGGAGAUUGUGGAGCUGGGCAUUUCGGGAAGUAAGUCCAAAAACAGCGAACAAGAGGUCAAGUACAAAGGAGAUAAGGAGCCAAACCCCGCAUCCAUGCGAGUGAAGGAUGCUGCUGAAGCUACACUGACGUGCAUUAUGCAGUUACUUGGAGCGUUUCCUUCUCCCAGCGGCCCUGCUUCUCCUUGCAGCUUGGUGAACGAAACCACGUUAAUUAAAUAUUCUCGCCUACCUACCAUAAAUAAGCAUAGCUUCCGUUACUUCGUCCUGGACAACAGUGUCAUCCUGGCAAUGUUGGAGCAGCCUCUAGGGAAUGAGCAGAGUAAGUUCGUUUUGAUCCGUGGGACAUCGGGAAGAUUUGCAUGGGCCCAGCAACUCUGCCUUUUGCCAAGAGGAGCUAAAGCAAAUCAAAAGACUUUUGUGCCAGAACCUCGACCAGCUCCUAAAAAUGAUGUUGGGUUGAAGUACAGCGUGAAGCACCGCCCUUUUCCUGAAGAAGUGGACAAGAUCCCAUUUGUGAAGGCUGACUUGAGCAUUCCUGAUUUGCAUGAAAUUGUGAAUGAGGAACUUUAAGAGCGUCACGAGAAGCUGAGGAAUGGCAUGGCACAGCAGAUUAUUUUUGAGACUUCCAUAGAUCAGCAAAGUGAGGAGGAGUGGCGGAAGAAGAGCUUUCCCGAUCCGAUCACGGAGUGUAAGCCCCCACCGCCGGCGCAGGAGUUCCAGACCGCACGCCUCUUCCUCUCUCACUUCGGGUUUCUCUCGCUAGAGGCGUUGAAGGAACCUGCGAACAGUCGUCUACCUCCUCACCUGAUUGCACUUGACUCUGCUCUUCCUGGGUUUUUUGAUGACCUUGGCUACUUGGAUUUACUACCGUGUCGUCCUUUUGAUACUGUAUUCAUUUUCUACAUGAAGGCAGGCCAGAAGACAAGCCAGGAGAUCCUAAAGAACAUGGAGUCUUCCAGAAUUGUUCAGCCACACUUCUUGGAGUUCUUGCUGUCUCUUGGCUGGUCUGUUGAUGUGGGGAAGCACCCUGGGUGGACUGGCCAUGUCUCAACGAGCUGGUCAAUCAAUAGCUGCACUGAUGAGGAGGGGCCCGAACAAG